GGCCGGCCCUAAGGAAGCAAUCUUCUUCCUUCUUUCACCCUCCCGACGACCGACCGGCAAACGACUAGCUCUGGGUGUUCUCCAAUCCGCGCGAAGAAUUAGCAGCCAUGGGUAAAGGUACGGGAAGCUUCGGCAGGCGCCGCAACAAGACGCACACGCUCUGCCGGCGAUGUGGGCGGCGAAGUUUUCACAUCCAGAAGUCGAAGUGCUCGGCAUGUGGAUAUCCUGCAGCACGGAUUCGCAAAUUUAACUGGAGUCAGAAGGACAUUCGCAGGAAGACCACCGGGACAGGGAGGAUGCGCCACCUUCGGACCAUGCCCCGAAGGUUCAAGAACGGCUUUAGGGAAGGCACCCAGGCCGCUCCAAAGAAGAAGGUCGCCGCAGCAGCCGCUCAUUCAGUGCGUUGAGGGAGUUUUGGCCGAAGUGCAGUGAUGAUGUAAAGGGGGAGAGGGAGAGGGAGAGGGAGAGGUCUGGGAGUAGAGCGAGAUGUGCAGAGAUUUGCAGAGAUGCGCAGACGUCUUCGUCAUAGAAUGAGAGCCUAACUCCUCGUCGUCGAUUCCAUUUUUUCCGCUCUCUGAGGUAUAAAAUAUGGGUGAGUUUGUUCCCGUUAUCAGGAGUAGGUUGAGGGUUCAAAUUCGUUUGUCCGCUCUCGACGUGACACGUUUGCAAGCGAACUGAG